GAGAAGACGGCCCCCCUCUCUCGGCCCGGCCAUCUUGUGGGAAGAGCUGAAGCAGGCGCUCUUGGCUCGGCGCGGCCCGCUGCAAUCCGUGGAGGAACGCGCCGCCGAGCCACCAUCAUGCCUGGGCACUUACAGGAAGGCUUCGGCUGCGUGGUCACCAACCGAUUCGACCAGUUAUUUGACGACGAAUCGGACCCCUUUGAGGUGUUGAAGGCAGCAGAGAACAAGAAAAAAGAAGCCGGCGGGGGCGGCGUUGGGGGCCCCGGGGCCAAGAGCGCAGCUCAGGCCGCAGCCCAGACCAACUCCAACGCGGCAGGCAAACAGCUGCGUAAAGAGUCCCAGAAAGACCGCAAGAACCCACUGCCCCCCAACGUCGGCGUGGUUGACAAGAAAGAGGAGACGCAGCCGCCCGUGGCGCUUAAGAAAGAAGGAAUAAGACGUGUUGGAAGAAGACCUGAUCAACAGCUGCAGGGUGAAGGGAAAAUAAUUGAUAGGAGACCAGAAAGGCGACCACCUCGUGAACGGCGAUUUGAAAAGCCACUUGAAGAAAAGGGUGAAGGAGGAGAAUUUUCAGUUGAUAGACCGAUUAUUGAUCGGCCUAUCCGAGGCCGUGGUGGUCUUGGAAGAGGUCGAGGAGGACGUGGACGUGGAAUGGGCCGAGGAGAUGGAUUUGAUUCUCGUGGCAAGCGUGAAUUUGAUAGGCAUAGUGGAAGUGAUAGAUCUUCUUUUUCACAUUACAGUGGCCUGAAGCACGAAGACAAACGUGGAGGUAGCGGCUCUCACAACUGGGGAACUGUCAAAGAUGAAUUAACAGAGUCCCCAAAAUACAUUCAGAAACCAAUAUCUUAUAAUUGCAGUGACUUGGAUCAAUCAAAUGUGACUGAGGAAACACCUGAAGGUGAAGAACAUCCAGUUGCAGACACUGAAAAUAAGGAGAAUGAAGUUGAAGAAGUAAAGGAAGAGGGUCCAAAAGAAAUGACUUUGGAUGAGUGGAAAGCUAUUCAAAAUAAGGACCGGGCAAAAGUAGAAUUUAAUAUCCGAAAACCAAAUGAAGGUGCUGAUGGGCAGUGGAAGAAGGGAUUUGUUCUUCAUAAGUCAAAGAGUGAAGAGGCUCAUGCUGAAGAUUCGGUUAUGGACCAUCAUUUCCGGAAGCCAGCAAAUGAUAUAACGUCUCAGCUGGAGAUCAAUUUUGGAGACCUUGGCCGCCCAGGACGUGGUGGCAGGGGAGGGCGAGGUGGCCGUGGGCGUGGUGGACGUCCAAACCGUGGCAGCAGAACUGACAAGUCAAGUGCUUCUGCUCCUGAUGUAGAUGACCCUGAGGCAUUCCCAGCUCUGGCUUAACUGGAUGCCAUAAGACAACCCUGGUUCCUUUGUGGACCCUCCCAUCUGAGGUUUUGCAUGCUUAAGGAUCCCAAACGACUUAAGAAUUUAAAAAAAAAAAAAAAAAGACUGUCAUUCAUACCAUUCACACCUAAAGACUGAAUUUUAUCUGUUUUGAAAAUGAACUUCUCUCGCUACACAGAAGUAACAAUAUGGUAGUCAGUUUUGUAUUUAGAAAUGUAUUGGUAGCAGGGAUGUUUUCAUAAUUUUCAGAGAUUAUGCAUUCUUCAUGAAUACUUUUGUAUUGCUGCUUGCAAAUAUGCAUUUCCAAACUUGAAAUAUAGGUGUGAACAGUGUGUACCAGUUUAAAGCUUUCACUUCAUUUGUGUUUUUUAAUUAAGGAUUUAGAUGUUCUCUCAAUUACAAACUGGUUUUAAAUAUUGGACAUAAUAUCAGUUUUAAUACCUGCUUUGCAUUUUCACACAUGGUCAACUGGGUCAUGUAAACUUUGAUUUGUCAAAUUUUAUGCUGUGUGGAAUACUAAUACUACUUUAUGUAUUUUAA